AUGAUUAUGCUAGAAUUUUUUAUUGGUUUUUGUCAAAUUAUGAAAAAUAAGAUUCUUAAUCACACAAAACCGGCGUUUAUAGCGAUGUCGAGACAGAGCAGACACAGCGACGUGACGGCAGUCGCCGACCAUCCAAACGCGGACGACAACAGUCGGAUCGACAACACAUCCAAAUGGUUAAAGUCUAUAUUCAAGAACAUGAUGUUAUUGCCUGUGAAUAUAAUAUCGCUGGUCAUAGCGUUGGUGUUGAAUGCGUGGCUCUUGGUCAUUUUGGGCGAUAUCAUAUAUCGGUUAUUCAUUUUAGGUCACGUGCCUAAGGAUCUCUGGGACACCAUUUUUGAUUUCUUUGAGAUCAUACCAAUCAUCUUAACAGUGGAUCUCUUUUGGUCGAAAGGCUAUCUCAUUAGAGACGUGAUCGCGGAGUUGGACUUUGAUUUGAUCACAACCCGACAGAUCCAGUCCAUCAAUAUUGUAUUCAAACUCAUCGUUUUGAUUGUAAUAUGUUUGGCAAUUCAUAUCAUUGGUUACAUAACAUUUGAAUACAGACUCAGGACUGGCUAUACUUUCGAGACCAAAGUUGAAUACUUUGGACAUCUUCCUCAUCGAGUUGUCAAUACAUUUCUGAUUCCCGUUUACAUCACAUUUGCUUCGGCAAUACACUUCAAAUAUAAACAAAUGAAUGAUUUCAUAAAACAAUUGGUGAACACAUCGGAAGCGCCAGAAUUGAUGCAUUUGCGAGAAAUCAAGUGUUUGUUCAAAACAAACGCCAAACUUAUAUCGCGAGUGAAUAAUGCCUUCAAUUUAGUGAUGACCACAUUCUUCAUCAUAAUUCUGGUCGGAAUCAUUCGCGACUCGUUUUACACGUUUUACGCGAUUCUGGCCUACAUUUCGUUCACUAAGUCCACUGAAAACGGGGAGGACUUGACUGAGAACGACAUUAUUAAACAGAUGGUCAGAUGUAUAUCAGCGGACAUUGUGGUGAUAGGCAUGAAAUUAUUGCUAAUCGGCGCCACUGUUGGCCAGAUGUUGGCCGUCAACUACGAGUCCAGAGCAACACCAAUACAUUUCAAUGAUAUGUUUUCCCAAUUUGAACAUAUUAUACAACCAGUUCUCUAUCGAUCCUUUCGAUUACUUAAGUAUUACAUGAAAUCGAGAUUAGAGAAGACGGAUAGACCGGCGCUCUUGAAUAUUACACUAUUAUCGAGUAUACCUGCCCUCCGGUCCCGACUAACCGCCAGAAUGGGCUAUUGA